CGGGAUCGAAUAUAGAAAGCGGCCGUAUGACAUCGUCGAACGGUAAACAUUAUAUUCGGUUAGUAAACGAAUUUCACUGAAAGAUCGCGUAAAAUUUAUAGUUUACAAUUGUGAUUUCACUUAAGUCUGAUGAAUCGUUUAUAAGUGAAGUAUACUUUCUCAUUUAUAAAGAAAAAUCCAAGUCGAAUAACGAGUUUAGUCUAGGAUUGUAUUCUGUCUUAAGUCUUCAUGAAAAUAGUAUAUUCAAUACUUAAAGUAUCUUUCAGUUAGGGUCGUGUAGAUGUAUCGGUUUUGCUAUAAGAAUUGCUUAACCGUUACAAUACAUGAGGGUUAGCAGAAUAAAACGGAUUCUAUACGUGUAAAAGACACAUCCCUUGCUACAAAACUUCGCAAAGUUAGGGAAUCCUCACGGACAACCCGCCCUUCAAGGGAGCAAGUUGGCAGUAUCAGUAAUGACCCUACAUAGCCCGACGUACGUUAUCUGCGUGCAUUUCAUGUUUACUACACAAACGCAGGGUUAAGGUUUUUUAAUAUGCUAGCUUUUAAUUUAUUUGCGGUUUUCGCUUUUUGUGUUAUAGGGGCGGCAGGGAAUAAGCGGCGCAAGGACGGAGACAGCCGAAAGAGUUCUGUGGUUGAAGGAUUCACUCUGAGCUCGUCUAACAACCUGGCCCGCCUCACAGCGCUGGCCCUCACUCACCUGCUCCUAUCCUCGGCGUGUCCUCGCCUGCCCGCGCACACGCCGCUCCGCCGCGCCGCCGUCGACCUCCUAGGGAGAGGGUUCACUGUAUGGGAGCCUUAUUUGGAUGUCAGCCAUGUUUUGUUGGGUAAGUAAAUGUUACAUGGUCAUAAAAG